AUGGGAAGAAUCCUACUGACACUUGAAUCAACAUCGACGUUUUAUCCGCCGGCGCCGGCGACGGCGAUGACGUGGCACACUCCCUUUCCUUACCUGUUCAUGGGUCUGGCGGCGAUGUUGGGUUUAAUAUCGUUCGCUCUUCUGAUCAUGUCUUGCAUUUACUUUGAACUAAAUUCUUCUGAAGAAGAAAUUAGUUCAAGAGAUGAUCAUAACGGGGAGAUGAAAACCCUAGACGGUGAUAAGGGUUUGAAUUCAUCUGGUUUUGAAGAGAGGAUUUUGGUUAUAAUGGCUGGAGAAGUUAAACCUAGUUUCUUGGCUACGCCGGCGAUGUUCUUUAAAAGUGAUAAAGUAUCUUUUGGAAGUUGA